CAAAAGCAGAGUGAAGAAACACGUCCUUCGUGAUGGCAAGCAUCACAUCUUUGAUGGAUAAUGUGCCACGCCGAACCGCAUGGCCCAGCAACAUCACGGACGUCACUUCAAUCUCCGCAAAGGGUCGUGGUCUCCGUCGAGCAACGACCGGCCGGACCUGUCGGCGCCCUUGCCUUCCGGAAGAGAAAGAGGGAGAAGUCCCGGCAGAUGUGCGUUUGACAGACGCCAGACUGACAGACGCCAGACCCAAGGCGGAGAGCUUUACCGGCAGUUUCGGUUUUGGCGGCAGCAGCAGCACAGGGAGUUUUAGCUUGGGUUUGCGUGGCCGAAAUCACACUAUGGUGUCCGCUCCCUUUCAGAACCUCUUGAAGCAGUUGGCGCAGCAACACGUGAAGGAGUUGGCCGAGCUGGCGUCCGCUUCCAGUGCCAGGAGGACCGAGGCGGCUGAUGUGGCGAUCAGCAAAAGUAACGAGUCGGAGCUUGAGAUGGACGGCUCUGGAAAGGUGGAGCGCUACACGACCCCCAACAUGUCCAUCGAACACUGGAUCCGGGCGCGGCAAAUGUCCAGCGCCAGCGGAAGCAGGUCAAACUUUGGAGGAGGCACCGGGGACUUCGAGGUGGAGAACUCCACGACUUUUCAACGACACACCAGCCCUUCAGCCAUGAGUGCCUUCAGUGGACUCGCUUCGGAGAGCUUCCGCACCAGGCUCGAUCGGGCCAGCUCUCCGGCUACAACGCCACACCUCAUGGAUGCUGCGAUGAUGGUCAAUCACAGCACCCUUCGCGAGUUGGAGGCCGAGGACAUCUUAGGCGUUUGGGAUGCCACGAAGGACAUCCUGGCCUCAGGUAGUGACGAGGAGAAGAUGCCGCAGACCAGGUGCCAACGACUCCUGCAGAGCAGACCCUUCGAGCUCUGCAUGGUUUGUCUUUUGUUGGCCAAUGUCUUCUGGAUGGCAUUGCACUUGCAAGUCUAUGGUUGGGCCAGCUACGCCCAGGAGACCUUGUCGUCGACCUGGAGCACCGCCUUCGAGGUGGGUGACGUGGCCUUUGCAGUGAUCUUUGCUGUGGAGGUGACACUACGAGGGCUCGUCCAGGGGCGGAGGUUCUGGCUUGCAUGGAUGAACUACAUCGAUGUGAUCGUUGGCAUCGCAUGUGUGAUUGAAAUUUUCUACAUCGCCACUGCGACUCGCACCUUUGAUUUUUCCCUCAUCCGCCUUCUGCGUGUGGUCAAGAUCACCAAGUCUGUUCGAAUGUUCAACAUCACCAGUACUUUGGCGCCUUUGCAUUUGCUCAUCAAGUGCUUGGAGGCCUGCGUGGGCAUGCUGUUUUGGAGCUUCCUCUUGAUGAGCUUCGUUCAAUGCAUGGCGGGAAUCAUCGUCAGCGAGCUUUGCUAUGGCUUCAUUUCCGAUCCUCAAAACGACCGUGCUGCUCGAGAUCUGGUCUUCACGUACUAUGGAACCUUCACGCGAACGAUCCUCUCGAUGUUCGAGAUCAUGUUCGCCAACUGGGCACCAGCCUGCCGCGUGUUGGUGGACAAUGUGAGCGAAUGGUUCUCAGUCUUUUUCCUGGUCUACAGGUGUGUCAUGGGCUUCGCGGUCCUGAAUGUGGUGUCCGCGGUGUUUGUGCAACAGGCCAUGAAGACUGCGUCGAGCGAUGAGGAGCUGGCCUUCCGACAGAAGGAGCGAGAAGUCCAGGCCUACAACCGAAAGGUCUUGAAGCUGUUCCAGUCCAUCGACCAUUCAGGUGAUGGGGCCAUCAGCCUGGAGGAGUUCGAGAAACUGGUGCAGUCGCCCAAGCUCAAGUUUUGGAUGAGCCAGUUGGAGUUGGAGUACCACGAUUUGCUGAGUUUGUUUGAGUUCCUCGACAAUGGUGAUGGACAAAUCACGCUGGUGGAGUUCAUAGAGGGUGCUCAGCGCUUGCGCGGGGGCGCGAAAGCGCUGGACAUUUGGCGCAUGGAAACGAAGAUCGAGGUGCUCUUUGAAGAGGUCCUCAAAAGCCUCACCCGGCCCAGUGCUGACUUGGUAGUCGAGGCCAGCGCACCAUUGAGCAGUCCUGCCGACACCCCCGAGACCACCGACGAGAGACCCAGCAGAAGCCCUUCCAAGGAGAGAAUCGAGACGGUGAACGUGCACCAAGUCUUUCAGAAGAGUGCCUUUAAGCACAUCCGCGCCACGACCUCACGGCACUUCGAUGCGGAGGAAUGUGGAUGAGGAACUCCACUGCAGCAGCUGUUUUUGACAGGGCUGGAUGCGCAUACUUGCAGCAUACUGUAGCGAGGUAGUGUGCACCGAGAUUAAGACAGGUU